GUCCUUUCCAGGCCACCAUCCUUCCUCGCUGGGACAAGUAGAAGCUGGGCCAAAGAGCAAAUUCAUAGUGGAAUCUCGAGCACUGAACUCCUCUGCUGCUAUCCACUUACCCCUGGCCCCGCCCUCUCGCGGCGGAGUUGCUGUCAAUCACUAAGAGGGCACACCGAGAUUGGUGGAACGGGUGGAUAAAAGGGCGGGCAAGGGGGGGGGGGAGAGAAAGAAAAAGAAAAGGACACGUGGUACAGAAGCCGCGGCGGCGCAUAGAGAUUUCAAGCACUGGACACUGUCUUCUUAGAGUUUCCAAAAUCAUUCAUUGAGUUAGAAAAUGCCUAUCCUCACUGAACUGUUUAAUCAUAUUGAUAAACACCAGGAUCAAUACAUAAAGAAGCUUGCAGAAUGGGUGGCAAUCCAGAGCGUUUCUGCAUGGCCAGAGAAAAGGGAUGAAAUCAAACGAAUGAUGGAAGUUGCAGCUGCAAACAUAAGACAGCUGGGUGGCACAACUGAGCUGGUAGACAUUGGAAAACAAAAGCUCCAUGAUGGCUCAGAAAUACCGCUUCCUCCUAUUUUACUUGGCAAACUGGGCUCAGAUCCCCAAAAGAAAACUGUGUGUGUCUAUGGACAUCUGGAUGUACAACCAGCAGCCCUGGAGGAUGGCUGGGACAGUGAGCCCUUCAAGUUGGAAGAAAGAGAUGGAAAACUAUAUGGAAGAGGUGCCACUGAUGAUAAGGGACCAGUACUUGGCUGGCUAAAUGCACUUGAAGCUUUUCAACAAAUAAAUCAGGAGAUUCCUGUCAAUAUCAAAUUUUGUUUAGAAGGCAUGGAGGAGUCUGGUUCUGAAGGCCUAGAUGACUUGAUUUUCUCUAAGAAAGAUACUUUCUUCAAAGAUGUGGACUAUGUUUGUAUCUCUGACAACUACUGGUUGGGGAAAAAUAAGCCCUGUCUUACAUAUGGCCUUAGAGGAAUUUGCUACUUUUUUAUAGAGGUGGAAUGCUCUGACAAAGACCUUCAUUCCGGUGUGUAUGGUGGUUCGGUGCAUGAAGCCAUGUCAGAUCUCAUUACUCUGAUGGGCUGUUUGAUGGACAGAAAGGGACACAUUCUCAUCCCUGGUAUUAAUGAGGCAGUGGCUCCUGUUACCGAUGAGGAGCUCUCCCUGUAUGAUAAGAUUGACUUUGAUUUGGAAGAAUAUGCAAAAGAUGUAGGAGCUAAGACACUUCUACAUGACUCAAAGGAAAAAAUCUUAAUGCACAGAUGGAGGUACCCAUCCCUCUCUCUCCAUGGAAUUGAAGGGGCCUUCUCUGGAACAGGAGCUAAAACUGUGAUUCCUAGGAAAGUGACUGGCAAAUUCUCAAUAAGAUUGGUGCCAGAUAUGAUACCUGAAGUUGUCGAAAAACAGGUUAUAAGUUACUUGAAUGCAAAGUUUGCUGAGCUGAAGAGCCCCAACAAGUUCAAGGCGUACAUGGGCCAUGGUGGAAAACCCUGGGUGUCCGACUUCAAUCAUCCCCAUUACCUGGCUGGGAGAAAAGCCCUGCAAAGAGUUUUUGGUGUUGAACCAGACUUGACCAGAGAAGGGGGCAGUAUUCCUGUGACCUUGACCUUCCAGGAGGCCACAGGUAAAAAUGUAAUGCUGUUGCCUGUCGGGUCAGCAGAUGAUGGUGCUCACUCACAGAAUGAAAAACUCAACAGGUACAACUACAUAGAAGGGACCAAAAUGCUGGGUGCAUACCUGUAUGAAGUUUCUCAACUGAAUUGAGCCAUACACUUUAUUCCCCAUUUUGGAAAGUGACAUCUAGCUGGAAAGCUGGUUAAUCUGGUUAUUGGCCCAUUUUUCAUUAGAAGUCCUCUUAUUUUUCUCUUUUCCUUCCAUAAAAACAAGCACCUACAAAAGCUUUGAACAUUUGCCAUUACUAUACACACUCCUCUAUUUCAUAAGACUAGAAACACUUGGACACAGAAGACUGCCUUGAUUCCCAAGGGCUCUGAAUUUAUAUAUCCUUUUCUCAUCUGGGCUGUUUCCCAAUUUGCUACAAAAUUACUCUUUUUUUCCCAAGUGAAUAUUCCAUCUAAAACAGGAAAUUUUAACUUAUUCUGUGUCAUGGACCUUUUGAGCAGUCUGAAGCAGAGUACUGUUUUGUUUCCUACAGUCAUAAUUGAAGAAAAUGCUAAAUUUCAGUUGGAGAUUAGUGAAAAAUAAGAUUACCCAUACAAGUUCACAGAGCCUCUGGAAUCUAUUGGUGAACUCCAGGUUAAGAAUCCACAAUCUAAAAAAAUUAAGUCCUCUAAAAGAAAUAUUAUUUAAUUGAUUGUCUUCAAUAAUAGAACUUGGUGUUUUGAAAAGCCAGUUAUAUAUUUUUUCAUUACCUGUGUCUUCCUUUUUUUAAUCUGUCACCUAAUGUAUGUGUUUUAUGAGGGAAAUAUUGAAGAUUAUGAAAGAAAUUAGGGUGGUCGCUUUGGCUUUUGUUAACAUCUCAUUCUUUUGCUGUUAUGCAGCUGUGUCAUUAAUUCUCUUCAAGAUUUUGGCAUUUGGACCUUCCUAUCUUUAGGCAAUAGACAGGCUCCAUCCAACUUAACCAGAAUAAUUCCUUUGUUUUUUCAUGUAUGUGCUGCUAAAUAAAAAUUUUAAACAAAACCUCA